GCUUUUCCCCUGCACCACCGACCGCCUCUCGGAUGCCGCUCGCCUGGGAGCUGCGCUAGGAGCCCGCAGCAGCGGUGGCGGCGGCGGCGGCGGCUCGAGAGUGCUAUGACCGGCAAACUCGCCGAGAAGCUGCCGGUGACCAUGAGCAGUUUGCUAAACCAACUGCCUGACAAUCUGUAUCCGGAGGAGAUCCCCAGCGCCCUCAACCUCUUCUCAGGCAGCAGCGACUCGGUGGCCCAUUACAAUCAGAUGGCUACAGAGAAUGUGAUGGACAUCGGUCUGCCCAACGAGAAGCCCAACCCGGAACUCUCUUACUCGGCCUCCUUCCAGCCAGCCCCCGGCAACAAGACCGUGACCUACUUGGGAAAGUUCGCCUUCGACUCCCCUUCUAACUGGUGCCAGGACAAUAUCAUUAGCCUCAUGAGCGCCGGCAUCUUGGGGGUGCCCCCCGCCUCGGGGACGCUAAGCACGCAGACGUCUACGGCCAGCAUGGUGCAGCCACCGCAGGGCGACGUGGAGGCCAUGUAUCCGGCGCUGCCCCCCUACUCCAACUGCAGCGAUCUCUACUCGGAGCCCGUGUCUUUCCACGACCCCCAGGGCAACCCAGGGCUCGCCUAUUCCCCCCAGGAUUACCAAUCGGCCAAGCCGGCCUUGGACAGCAACCUUUUCCCCAUGAUUCCUGACUACAACCUGUACCACCAUCCCAGCGACAUGGGCUCCAUUCCAGAACACAAGCCCUUCCAGGGCAUGGACCCUAUCCGGGUCAACCCGCCCCCUAUUACCCCCUUGGAGACCAUCAAGGCUUUCAAAGACAAGCAGAUCCACCCGGGCUUCGGCAGCCUGCCCCAGCCACCGCUCACACUCAAACCCAUCAGGCCACGCAAGUAUCCCAACCGGCCUAGCAAGACCCCGCUCCACGAGCGACCCCACGCGUGCCCAGCGGAGGGCUGCGACCGGCGCUUCAGCCGCUCGGACGAGCUGACCCGGCACCUGCGCAUUCACACCGGCCACAAGCCCUUCCAAUGCCGGAUCUGCAUGCGGAGCUUCAGCCGCAGCGACCACCUCACCACUCACAUCCGCACGCACACGGGCGAAAAGCCCUUCGCCUGCGAAUUCUGCGGGCGCAAGUUUGCGCGUAGCGACGAGCGCAAACGCCACGCCAAGAUCCACCUCAAGCAAAAGGAGAAGAAGGCCGAAAAGGGGGGAGCGCCCUCUGCAUCCUCGGCACCCCCAGUGUCCCUGGUCCCUGUGGUCACUACCUGCGCCUGAGCCUCGGGCCCCCAGAUUCCCACUUUUUCCCUCCAGUGCCUCCCGGCUGUUCAUCUGACAGCAGUGGGAAAGCCGGCCACGGAGGCGCAGGGGCCGCGCCCUGGCCUCUCCAUGGACGUGCGGUCCCUUGCUUCUCUUCGAUGCCCCGUUCCCACCUUUUCACACCGGCCAACGGUCAGGGCCCGGGGCAAGAGGCGUCUUUCCUUAGCUGCCCCCUUAGCCAAGGCUUUGGGGGCGGAAAGGGGGCGUCUAGCCUGCUUUGUUCAGUUCGGAUCGCCUUGAUCCAGGGGCCCUUUGGGCCGCGCCAAGGACCUGAAGGGAACUGAGGGUGGGGCCGGUCCACCCCUCGCCGGACCCAAGCACCUCACUCUCCCCCUAGUCUCCCUCUGUUCCCCCAGGAAGACCAGAGGAGAGGUGGGUUGGGGUAAAGAGCGCACCAAAGCGCAGAGCUUGCUGCCCGCCGCACGCACGCGCGUCUGCGUACAGGGUUGCGCGCGAGUGUGUACGUGCUCGUGUGUGUGUGUGUGUGUGUGUGUGUGUGUGUGUGUGUAUGCGCGCGCGCGCGCGCGCGUGUGCGCGUGUGAGACUCUUGAGCUGAACUGGCCUGUGUCCACCCCAAACUCUUCCCCACAUUGGGUCCCCAAGCCGCUAGGGUCUGUCCCAGGCUGGGCGCCUGCACGUGGCAGGACGAGAUGGUCUUCCAUCUGCUCGGAAAUCAUGUUUCUUACAGAAAUGCCUCGGAUGCCGCCGCCACCGCGGUGCUGCUGCCGCCGCCGCCGCUUCUGGUUUGGCCCCUCAGAACCCCUCUUUUCCGAGUGCUUCCGUCUUAGGCCUCAGGGCAGUUUGUCUGAUCUUCGGGGAGAAGGAGCAGCCAUCAUUGAGCCUGCCUUUAAAAAUGUAUUUCUUCAGCCCCACUUUAAAAAACAAAAAAUCUGUAUUUCAGAGUUUGCCCUCGCUCAUCUCCCCUCUCCCCUCCCCACCUCUUCCCUCCCUUGUUCUCCCUUCUCCCAUCGCUCAAUCUUUCCCUGAAAGGCAGGCCUCAACCAGCCACCCCAUUUCACCCGCUGUUUGUUUCCUCACUCCUAGACCGGUUCUCCUUCCCAACCUGGAUGGGAGAGCUGGCUCUGUUUUGCCAUUUGUCAGACAGAAUUCAAAUAUACAUAUGGUGUGUGUGUGUGUGCGCGUGUGUGUAUGUAUAUGCGUGUAUGUCCAUGCAUAUAUAUGACACAUAUACACAUAAUAUGUAUUCCUAGCAAAAUUAAAUUUCUAAGGUACUUGGCUGUCCAGUGCAGCGCACUGGAAUAAAGAGGAUUUGUAGGCAUAUACAGCUUUAAAUGAUUUAUUUUUUAUGAAAAACUUAACUGACAAGAUUGUAUCCCUGUGUGUAUGCGUGCAUAUGUGUGUAUUUAUAUAUAUAUACAUAUAUAGCUCCAAAUGUUCCUCGGCGUUAAGGAGAAUUUUGCAUUAUUCCAUGUUGAUGAAUGAGGCAUAUCUUUUCCAUAUUCCAGUCUCACCUUCUCCCUGCCCUACCUCACCUCUUCUCAGGCACCCUCCUCCCCAGCUGUCCUGUCCAGCCUUUCUCUGUGUAGGGGUGGCUCUUUUCAAGGAGAGUAUAGAGAAGGCUGCUCUUGGACACAGCUUCCAGCACAGUCUUGACUGAAUGUGCUGUUCCCUAUUUGCGUUAUUUCUCCUGUGGUCAGUAAGCUGCCCAGAGAGAAGGAACAAAGGUCUGGAGUUUACAGAAUGUCUGUUUUUAAAGUCACUUUAUGAGUUUCCCACUUUUUUUUUUAAGGGGAAAAAUUUUUUGGGGUGGUGGAUUAAAACUAAGAGGACUCUAAUGAAAGUAAAAUAAUAAUAAUUGAAGAGCAGGGGGUUGUGAAUUUCCAGGUACGUGGAGGACUUUGAAGGAAAGGGAAGGAGGUGAAGUAUGCCAGGAGGGCCUUUUUUUUUUCCCCCAGCUGAAGGGUAAAAAUCUUUCUUUGCAGAGACAGUAUUUUGCUGAAUACUUUUUAUAAUGUAAUGAUUAUUAAAAACAAAAAUUUGGUCACUUCAAAGCUGGAAGGAGGAAUCAAAUAUCCUUUAAUAUUUUUUCCUUGCUCCUUCUGGUAUAUGCAUGUCACUGCAUGAUAGCUCUGAGUUUUUCCUUUGUUUUAAUAAAACUGUUCUCAGACAUUUAAGCUAAACUAAGAGAAAAAUAACUGUUGCCAAAAGGUUGUGCUAUCCAGAUUUUUUAUAUGUCUGCAUGUUUAAAAAAACAGAACAAAAACAAAAUGCACUCUAACUUAUGUGAACUGAGAGGGGGAAAAAAUCAGGUUUUAAACAGGAAAACCUAUGGGGAAUGAUAUUUUUUGAAAGACUUUUGUAUAAAGUUGAGUACUUAGAAAAAGACAAACCAGAUGUAAUAUAUUUUGUGGAUGUUUUUAUUUCUUGGAUUUAUAGUACCUUAUACUAAGGUUUAAAAAAAAUGCUUGAUAUUGUGAAAAGGUGAAAUUCUUCACCAACAUUUCAUUUGCUCCUUUGUCACAUUGUUAUGCCGAUAUCAUAGUUCAUGAAAACAGCAUUUUUAAAAACUGAAAUAUUGAAAUGGUGUAAUGUUGUACCAUUUGCACUGUGAGCAAAUGCUAAUACAGUAAAUAUAUUGUGUUUGCUGACAA